CCAUAAACAUUGAAGUGCUUUGGCUUCAUCCAGUCGAGUGCCAAGCGUCAGUGGAGUGGAGAGCGAGAGCGCGCAAUACUAUAAUCAUGACAACCACAACAGCAGAAGCCGAAACCCGCCAGAGACUGCUGCGAAACGUGAAGAAGGAGGUCAAGCAGAUCAUGGAGGAAGCAGUCACAAGGAAGUUUGUUCAUGAAGACAGCAGCCAUAUUGUCUCAUUCUGUGCUGCUGUUGAAGCCUGUGUACUUCAUGGGUUGAAGCGGAGAGCUGCUGGUUUCCUACGAAGCAACAAGAUAGCUGCACUCUUCACCAAAGUGGGCAAAAGCUUCCCUCCAGCUGAGGAGCUGUGCAGAAAAGCCCAGGAGCUGGAGCUGGUCUUUGAAAGCAAACGAAGUCAGUCUAUCUCAUACAGUGAGAGCAACCGUAAGAUGACCAAAGUCCCAAACUUCUCGCCUCAGGCUGUCAGACACUUGUGGAUCCACACUGCACUUAUUGAGAAAGUGCUGGACAAGAUCGUACUGUACCUGGUGGAAAACAGCAGUAAGUUUUACGAGAAGGAGGCUAUUCUAAUGGAUCCUGUGGACGGCCCUAUCCUCGCCUCUUUGUUGGUGGGCCCCUGUGCAUUAGAGUACACUAAAAUGAAGACGGCAGAUCAUUUUUGGACCGAUCCUUCAGCUGACGAGUUGGUGCAAAGGCAUCGAAUUCACAGUGGCCACUGUCGACAAGACUCACCCACAAAGAGACCUGCCCUCUGCAUUCAGAAAAGACACUCCAGUAGUAGUAUGGAUGAAAGGCCAUCUCCCUCCCCCUUCGCCAGAGACUACGUGGAGUCUCUUCAUCAGAAUUCCAGAGCGACCCUCCUGUUCGGCAAGAACAACGUACUGGUGCAGCCGAGGGAUGAUAUGGAAGCAAUCCCAGGGUACCUCUCUUUACACCAGACGGCUGACAGCAUGACUCUGAAAUGGACACCAAAUCAGCUUAUGAACGGCUCCAUGGGAGAUCUCGACUAUGAGACGAGUGUUUACUGGGACUAUGCCAUGACAAUCCGCCUGGAGGAGAUUGUGUACUUGCACUGUCAUCAGCAGGUGGACUGUGGGGGAACAGUGGUUCUGGUUAGUCAGGAUGGGAUUCAAAGGCCCCCACUUCGUUUUCCCCGUGGUGGUCACCUCCUACAGUUCCUCUCCUGUCUGGAAAAUGGUCUGCUGCCUCACGGCCAGUUAGACCCCCCACUUUGGUCCCAGAGAGGAAAGGGUAAAGUAUUUCCUAAGCUAAAGAAGAGAUGUCCACAGGGAUCCUCAGACUCUGUCUCAGACAAAGAAGAGGAAGAAGCAACAGAUUAUGUCUUCCGCAUUGUUUUCCCAAACAGGCAGUCAGAAUUUGUUACUUUUACCCAGUCCUCUCAUCUCUCCCUGGGUACUGUACUCCUGGCCCGAUCUCUCUCCCUGAACUCCAGGGCGCUGUGGCCUCGUAAACGUCAGACCCUGGUGAUGCCAACGCACCACUGCGGCUGCCGAGACUCCCUAUCCUCCCCUGAGCCCAGCUCGGCUCCAGAAUUGAUAGAUCAGGGAGUAAACAUGUGGCACCCAACACCAAGGAAAUCAUCUUGCUCUUCCUGCUCACAGAGUAGUUUCUCUGAGGGAGCACCGCCUAAUGGAUGCAACCAUGAAAGGGCUCCUCUGAAGUUGCUGUGUGACAAUAUGAAGAACCAGAUCAUCUCCCGAGCUUUCUAUGGAUGGCUGGCAUACUGUCGUCACCUGUCCACGGUACGCACACACCUGUCUGGCCUUGUCAAUCACACUAUUGUGGAACCAGAUGUGCCCACUGAUGCCUAUGCUGGGCUCACAACAGAAGUGUGGCAGAAGUUUCUUGAAGACUGCAGUACCUAUGAGGAGAAGGAGUUACUGAGGCUAGUUUAUUUCGGUGGAGUUGACCCUUCUUUGCGAAAGGAAGUCUGGCCUUUCCUGCUGGGUCAUUACCAAUUUGGGAUGUCUGAGGCUGAGAGAAAAGAGGUGGAUGAUCAGAUGCGAGCUUGCUACGAGCAGACAAUGAGUGAAUGGCUAGGGUGUGAGGCCAUUGUUAGGCAGAGAGAAAAAGAGCAGCAUGCUGUGGCGUUAGCCAAGUGUUCGUCUGGGGCGAGUAUAGAAAGCACCACACAAAGAAUAAUGCACCGUGACUCCACCAUCAGUAAUGAGUCCUCGCAGAGCUGUAGUUCAGGCAGGCAAAGAGAUUCCAGGCUGCAGAGCGACUCCAGCAGCAGUACUCAAGUGUUUGAGUCUGUUGAAGAGGUCGACCAGAUUGAGUCUGAACCCAAGAGUGAAGACAUGAAACAGGUUUCCAAAAUCUCAAAUGGAACACCCCAAAAUGGCACCAGUUCUCCAGACUCUGGUCACCCCUCUUCCAGAAACUUCUCUGUUACUUCUGGUCAGUCGGACUCCUUGAGCACAGAAGACAGUGGGAUACAUGACCCAAGCCUUAAAUCACAGCUACAGCUAGCAGUAUCAAAGGAAAGGUUUGAAAGUUCAUCUGGAGAGAAAGGAAAGCUGACUGAGGAAGGUGAGACCAAAUCAGUUGAGAAACUAGGUGUGAGAGAAUAUAGUAAAAUUGAGGUUAACAAAGUGUUGUCUUUGGAUGCAGUUGUGACAAAAUCAGAGAGAAGCAAGAAAGCCACAGAGAGCUCCGAUAAAAGGGCAGAGGUCGAAACAGGGGUGUUGAAAACAGCUCAAGAUGCUUUUGAGGCUCCUUCAGCAGCUCACAGCCACAUGACCGAAAUAGAAGUGGGCAAAUCUCCAGAGGGAACUUUGACAUCAAAAAUUGAAGCAUUGGCAGAGCGAACUGAGUCAGAUAUUCCCAAAGCAACAGAGGUCGUGGACUCGACUCCUCCAGAGCCGAAGAUGAAUGAGAAUCGGGUAAAUGUGGACUUUGAAAGGUCCCACACGGGAAUUAAAGAUAUUAGAGCAAUCCAAGAGAAACCUUUGGUAACAAAAGAUCAUAAAUUAUCAGAUGCACUUGAGCAGAAGGUUGUAGCUGACACACCGGUGUCUAUUUCAAAGGACGAUGAUACAGAGGAAGAAACGGCGAAAACCAAUGAAACAAGCCAAGAUAAAGACUCCAAGACAUACAUAGAUGAUGCCAACAAUAUUAGUGGCACACAAAUAGCUUUAAGACCAGGUGAUGAGAAAGAGAAGAAGACUAUGAAGACCAGUGAUUUACCCAAUGAACCUGGAACGGCAGCAUCAGUACUGCCAAAAACCACCGGUACAGAGCAAAUAGAAGAGAAAGUUGUUAUAAUGAGGACCACACACAAAGAUAUGCAGAGAAACGCUCCAGUAAUUGAGGAGAUGGUGGUUCCUUUGGUGCAUGAAGCUUUUAGCACAAGAGAGAUGGGUGAACAAGAUGCAACUGAGUCAGACGAGUCUCCCUCUGCCAUUGAAAUGGAAGAAAUUCCUAUAGCUAAAGUGUCCAUGGCCUGGGAAAGGAAGAGUUCACCUAGAAGCAAGGGUAAUGAGCAGGCAACUGUACCUAUAUUGGAACUCAGGCUGGAGGAAGCUCAUGGAAAGCCCAGCUCUGAUGGAAUGAAUUCUGAGGAGCCAGAGAUGGAGAGUCUUUGCCCACAGCUUGAUUCACUGGCUGUGAACACUACGAUUGAAGCUAUCUCUCCAGUUUCCUCUAUAGGCACCACUUAUUCUCAAGAGCUUUUGGACAUGUACACUCUAAAUCUGCACCGCAUAGAUAAAGACGUGCAGCGCUGUGACCGUAAUUACUGGUACUUUACACCUGCUAACUUGGAGAAACUACGCAAUAUCAUGUGCAGUUAUAUCUGGCAGCACCUGGAAAUUGGAUAUGUCCAGGGCAUGUGUGACCUGCUCGCUCCCUUGUUAGUUAUUCUAGAUGAUGAGGCCAUGGCUUUCAGCUGUUUCACCGAACUAAUGAAAAGGAUGAAUCAAAAUUUUCCUCAUGGAGGUGCGAUGGACACCCACUUUGCCAACAUGAGAUCUCUGAUCCAGAUCCUAGACGCAGAGCUGUUUGAGCUCAUGCAUCAGAAUGGGGACUACACCCACUUCUACUUCUGCUAUCGCUGGUUUCUUCUUGACUUUAAAAGAGAGUUGGUGUAUGAUGAUGUGUUUGCUGUUUGGGAGGUCAUCUGGGCUGCUAGGUGUGUCUCCUCCAGCCAUUUCAUGCUCUUCAUUGCUCUUGCAUUGGUGGAGAUAUACAGAGACAUCAUUCUAGAAAACAAUAUGGACUUCACAGACAUCAUCAAGUUUUUCAAUGAAAUGGCUGAGCAUCACAAUAUUAAGCAUAUUCUGACUCUGGCUCGUGACCUGGUGUGCAAAGUGCAAACACUUAUAGAGAACAAGUGACUCUGAAGCCGCUCACCUCUGUUGUUUAUUGUAUUGACACUGCAACCCAUCAGCCCUUGCUACAAAACAACAGGAAACAUUUGGCCAAAGCUUUAUGAGCUUCAAGUAUAUUUCCAGUGCCAAAAAUCUGGAAUUGGAAUCAGUCAGUGCACAAUUUUUAGUAGAGUCAUCUGGCUCUUUAAUCAGGUUUUACUGAACAUCAUAAUACAUAAAAUGUUCUAAGCAGAUGCUGCUAAUGAGUGGUCAUUCACUGUUAGACAUGUGUCUAAAAUGCAGUCAGGAUUACCAAUUACUAGUGACUCAUAGGCUCUAUUCCAAAACCUAGUGAGCUCUCUUGCUGUCUGCUGCCUACUGCUUACAUAAACUGAAAUUGAACAUCAUACAUGACUGAUUUGUUUCUAAUUGGAUUCCAGUAGGAUUUGGCUAAAUGAUACUCAUCCAGUACACACACACACACACAC